AGACUAGUUUAAUAGGAUGGGCAGGCAUUAGCAGUAAGACGCUCCCAGCAUCCAGGUUUGACAAAUCCAGUGUGCCAAAUCCACUGUGUGGCACUCUGGAAGGUACACAGUGGUUGUUGGAAUUUUGUGGGCUUUUUUCAGCACUUUUUGGAGAGCUAAAUAAGAAAAGAACAGCCUCGUCUUUCAUUUCGUCGCCGCUCUCCUUCCCCUUACUCCCCCCGGUCAAGACUCAGAGCCUGUCGCUGCAACCAUGGUGGUGAUGAAGAUGAAGUUCCCCUUUCAGAAAAGGGUUAAGCUCGCCCAGGGACUGUGGCUCCUCUCCUGGUGUGCCACGGCAGCUGGGGCCAUCACCUUCACUCUUGGGUGCAUCCUUAAGGCAGAACUACGCAGAAGGGCAGAGGUUAUGGAUAACGGCGAUAUUCAUAUCGUGCCCAACACCCUCAUGAUUGUUGGUCUGGCCUCUUUGGGGAUCAACUACUUUUCAUCAAAGAUCUGUGCAGACGCCCUGGACGCUGGGCGAUUCCCUCGCUGGAAAAAUUUCUUGAAGCCCUACUUUGCCACCUCUUGUUUCUUUACUGUACUCAUGCUGUUUGCAGUCAUUAUGAGCUACGUGAUGAAGGGCAGUCUAGAGUCUUCUCUGAAGGUAGGCCUGAAGAACGGCAUCCGCUUUUAUAAGGACACGGAUACCCCGGGCCGCUGCUUCCAGAAGCAAAACAUUGAUCGUCUGCAGAUGGAGUUUCAGUGUUGUGGAAACAAUGACCACAGGGAUUGGUUUGAAGUGCAGUGGAUCAGCAAUCGAUACCUUGAUUUCAAUUCCAAGGAAGUGAAAAAUCGCGUCAAGAGCAAUGUGGAUGGACGUUACUUGGUAGAUGGAGUCCCAUUCAGUUGCUGCAACCCCAGUUCUCCUCGACCGUGCAUCCAAUAUCAUCUCACCAACAAUUCAGCUCACUAUAACUACGAGUAUCAGACUGAGGAGCUCAACAUUUACCUGAGGGGCUGCAGAGAGGCUCUGGUCAACUAUUAUAUGGGCCUGAUGAACACCAUUGGGGGUGGAGUACUGUCAGUCUUCCUCUUGCAGGGUUCUGUUCUGGUGAGCCUGCGCUUCCUGCAAACCUCCAUGGAGGCAGUGGCAGGGAAUGAGAACACAGAAAUCGAGACAGAAGGAUAUUUGCUGGAGAAAGGAGUGAAAGACACCUUCAUGGAGUACUUUGACCCUGUGCUUAAGUUCCUGCUGCUUAAAAACCAGGUGCAGGAGGGCACUCCUGAGGGCACUGCAGCUUCCACUUAAGCACUUAUUUACAUACUUUUUAAACAGGGAGUCCAAAUUAACAAAAUCAGAAUUAACAUUUUCCAAUUUGUUUCUUUCUUCAUUUUGAAAUUUACCAGGGAAAACCAAAUUUUAUACAGUGGUACAGGUACCUCAGUGUUUAUUAAUAAACCAUUCCAAAAGGCUGCAAUGAAGUGGCAACUUGUCCAGGGUGUACCCCGCCUUCCGCCCGAUUGUAGCUGAGAUAGGCUCCAGCGCCCCCCGCGACCCCGAAGGGAAUAAGCGGUAGAAAAUGGAUGGAUGGAUGGGCAUUCCAAAAGGUCCGAUUGCCAAGUUGUACAAAAACCGACGCAAUUUUUCCAUUGGAAAGUUUCCAGUCAUCUACAAAUAUAGACACAAAACAUAUUUUAUACAGCAAUGAAGUGAGAAAUGGUUUGGUAAAGGAGAGCCACCUGGAUGUCUCUUUAGUUCUUCCUUGAAUUCAGUAGAGUUUCUCGCCUUGGGAAUUUUUGUUUGGGCACAAUUAGCGGAAUGAUACAUGGACACACUGAUUAGGGUUUUACAUGCAGUGUUUGGCCAUAUGAUAACAGCAACUGUUAUUCAAUUUGGUUCAAAUGCAUACGAAAAGAAGGGUGUACGCAAACCAAGCUACCAGUGUAUAUGCAUAAUCAUAAUAUUAUUCUAUGCACUUUCUUGAUCACAUUUUAUAAACUGUCAUCACAGUCAUUUCUGUUGUUAAAUAGAAAAACAAAUUAUUGGAGCUCAUCACAGCGUGUACAAAAUGUCAUAUGUUAUUAGUAUUUGACCUCAUAAUACUCACAUAGCUUGGAUUUGUUUGUAUUUACACAAAAACAUGAAGCCACAAUUAGUUCAUUUUGAAAUGUAAUGAUUUAUCUUUGUGUUUCAAGAUGACCAUAAAAACAUAUAAAAAUGCAUUACAGUAUUUUUAUGUUUUGAGGGAAUCUAUAGUAACAUGAGGCACGGUCAGGAUGAUAGCAUACAGCUCGUUUAUUAAAAUUUGAAGGUUGCAUUUGCCUUACGUAGUGGACUCAAUUAUUCCUGCUUCAACAUCAUUUGUAUUUGAAAAGUACUGAAAAUGUUGCACAUCAUUACAGUUGUUCCAACACAGAA